CGUUUCACUGGAAAUUAGUAAUCGUUUAGAAAUUUUCCAAUUUAUUGACGUGGGUAAAAGGGGCUCAUGUAUGGGUUCAGUCAUUUCUGCUUUACCGAAAAAACCCCUCAUAGGUGUUAAUAUGAGUAGUCCUCAGGCAGAUAUGGUUCGCGAUGUAAUAGCAAAUAAUAAGGUCGUAAUUUUUUCUAAAAGCUACUGCCCUUUCUGUACAAUGGCCAAGGAGCAAUUUCGGAAACUUUCUGUGCCCGCUUAUGUUGUUGAACUGGAUAGUCGCAGUGAUGCUGAUGAAAUCCAAAAUAUUCUUGGCGAGAUAACAGGUGGUAGAACGGUGCCAAGAUGUUUCAUCAACGGAAAAUUUAUUGGCGGCGGCACUGAUGUUAAAAAAAUGUACGAGCAAGGGACUCUUCAAAAGUACUUCAAAUAAUUAUUUUCAAUGGUUUUACAAAUUUUAAGUUUUAGUUAGCACUUGUUGUUUUUGAGAGUAGGUAAAAAAAUGUACGCAAUGCUAUUUUUUUAUAUGAAAUGUUAUUAAAUUAGACAUUUAGAUCUAAACUUAAUAACAAAUUUUAUUUAAAACAUU